AUGUCACUUACUGGUUCAUCCUUAGAUUUUCUUUCUGAAUUUAUUCUCACCCUUAGUAGUCAAUUUGCCAUGAAAGACCUGGGUCCUAUUCAUUAUUUUUUAGGGGUUCAGAUUACUCAAACUCUUGAAGGCCUCAUUCUGACCCAAGCUAAAUAUGCCCGUGAUAUUCUAGACCGUGCCCAAAUGACUGACUGUAAGCCCAUGGGCACUCCCAUGAUGGCUAAAACCAAAGGGCUUACAUCCAUAGCACCAUAUCUUGACCCUGCUCAUUAUCGCAGCCUUGUUGGUGCUCUUCAAUAUCUUACCCUUACUUGCCCUGACCUUGCAUACAGUGUUAACUUUGUGUCACAAUUCAUGCACUCCCCUACUGAAGAUCAUUUUAAAAUGGUCAAACGUAUACUCAGAUAUGUGAAAGACACAGUUGACUUAGGCCUUCAUUUCAGUUCCAACUCUACACUUGAUCUUUAUGCUUUCUCUGAUGUAGGUUGGAUGUGCACUCACUUGACACUCCACAACAGGCUAUUGCAUAUUUCUCGGUAG